UGGCAAUGGUGAGGAUAUGGAAUUUUUGCCAAAAAAAUGGGUGGAAGUAAAAAGGCAUCUGUGUGAGUGUGUAAAUAUCUGAUCUCCCUUUUUAGCCCUCUCCAGGGGCACCCUAGAAUAAGAUCUUCUCCCCAGCAUCUUCUGUUUCCUGGAGAGUGUUUCCUGCUACCUCGGAUUUGCCAUGACAGGCUGGAGCUGCCUUGUGACAGGAGCAGGAGGGUUUCUGGGUCAGAGGAUCAUCUGCCUGUUAGUGGAGGAGACAGAGCUGAAGGAGAUCAGGGCCUUGGACAGGGCCUUCAGACCAGGAUUGAGGGAGGAAUUUUCUAAACUCCAGAACAAGACCAAGCUGACAGUGCUGGAAGGAGACAUUCUGGAUGAGCCAUUCCUGAAGAGAGCCUGCCAGGACGUCUCGGUCGUCAUCCACACCGCCUGUAUCACUGAUGUCUUCGGAGUCACUCACAGACAGUCUAUCAUGAAUGUCAAUGUGAAAGGUACGCAGCUCCUGUUGGAGGCCUGUGUCCAAGCUACUGUGCCAGUCUUCAUCUACACCAGUACCCUACAGUUAGCCGGGCCCAACUCCUACAAGGAAAUCAUUGAGAAUGCCCAUGAAGAUGACCUUCUGGAAAACACAUGGUCUGCUCCAUAUCCAUACAGCAAAAAGCUUGCUGAGAAGGCUGUGCUGGCAGCUAAUGGGUGGACUCUGAAAAAUGGUGAUACCUUGUACACUUGUGCCUUAAGACCCACGUAUAUCUAUGGGGAAGGAGGCCCAUUCCUUUCUGCCAAUAUAAAUGAGGCCCUGAACAACAAUGGGAUCCUGUCGAGUGUCAGCAAGUUCUCCACAGCCAACCCAGUCUAUGUUGGCAACGUGGCCUGGGCCCACAUUCUGGCCUUGAGGGCCCUGUGGGACCCCAAGAAGGCCCCAAGUGUCCUAGGACAGUUCUACUACAUCUCAGAUGACACGCCUCACCAAAGCUAUGAUAACCUUAAUUACAUCCUGAGCAAAGAGUUCGGCCUCUGCCUUGAUUCCAGAUGAAGCCUUCUUUUAUCCCUGAUGUACUGGAUUGGCUUCCUGCUGGAAAUAGUGAGCCUCCUGCUCAGGCCAAUUUGCACCUAUCAACCGCCCUUCGACUGCCACACAGUGACAUUGUCAAAUAGCAUGUUCACCUUCUCUUACAAGAAGGCUCAGCGAGAUCUGGCAUAUAAGCCACUUUACAGCUGGGAGGAAGCCAAGCAGAAAACCAUGGAGUGGGUUGGUUCCCUUGUGGACCGGCACAAGGAGAACCUGAAGUCCAAGACUCAGUGCUUUAAGGAUGACAGAGAUGUGCAUGUGGGUAUUGUUAGGAGAUGUCAUCAAGCUCCAUCCUCCUGGCUUCAUAUAGAAUGUGACAAGGGCAUAAGCCCAGGUCCUGCUGCCUCCCUUUCACACAAUGCCCAACUUAUUGUCUUCCUCGUGUCAUCAAAACCUGCCCAUUCCCUGACCCAACCGGAAGCUUUCUGUCCUAAUCAUACACCAGAGGACAGACAAUGUGAUUUGCUUUUUCCAAAUCUCAGUGGCUGAUUCUGAACAACUGUGGUCUCUUUUAUCUUAAGGGUCUCUUUUAACUGCUAGAGCUCUCCAUUUCUCCUCCUAAAAGAGAAGGAUUUCUUUUCUUUUAAGUCUCCUAUUUCUU